AUGCUGAAAUAUGUCGAGUAUGGCAUCAGCCGCCUACUUGCUAGUGCCAAAGGUCGAGACGCAGGGCUCUUUACCAAAACCGCGGCUUUUUCUAAAAUUCCUAAGCCGACCUUCCAGCUUAGCUGCCCAGAGGUUGGUCCGCCUGGGUCACAGAUGCUUCUAGAUCACUCGGCGGAUGGCAAGGGGCGCUUUCCUAGUUUGACCUGGGAGGGCGCACCGCCCGACACGAAGGAGUUCCUCCUUGUUAGUGAGGACCCCGAUGCACCGCUCAGCAGACCUAGUGUACACGGGAUCUACUAUGGCAUUUCUCCUGCAAAGACCAGCGUGGGCGAAAGCGACUUUGCUGCGGCGCAGAGUCCUUAUGCGCUCCAAGGGGGAUUCAAGUACGGCAAGAACAGACGAGGUAUCAUCUAUAUUCCUCCUAGGCCGUUGGUAGGACAUGGACCUCAUAGGUAUUUCUUUACGAUUGUUGCACUCAGUCAACCGGUGGAUACAACCCACCUCAGCGCACUGCCAAGCAUCGACGAGAUUGCGAAAGAUAUCGAAGGAAAAGUCCUCGGGUGGGGAGAGUGGACCGCGGUAUAUGAGCGCAAAUGGGAAUAA